UUAGCCUGCAGUUGCAAAACUUGGUAUCCAGUGAGCAGAGCAGAGGCAACCCGUCACUCCAUGGCGCACGAUAGCACCUCCGUAGACCCCAGGAGCGGAUUCUGCAGCUCCAACUCCACCUUCUACAGCAAGCGCAAGCCCAUUACUCUCCCGUCCGACGACUUCCUCGACAUCACCACCUUCAUCUCCUCCCGGCUCCACUCCGGUAAGACCGCAUUCAUUGACGCCCUGACGGGCCGCCACGUCACCUUCCCCGAUCUCUGGCGGGCCGUCGGCUCCGUCGCCACGUGCCUCUCCCUCCUCGGCGUCAGGAAAGGUCACGUGAUCCUCAUCCUCUCUGCGAACUCCAUCUACUUCCCGAUCGCGGUAUUCGCCGUCAUGUCCAUCGGCGCCAUCGUCACCACAGCCAACACUCUCAACACGCCGCGUGAAAUCGCCAGGCAGAUGGCCGACUCCAAACCGAUCCUCGCCUUCGUGACUCGGUCGCUCCUCUCCAAACUUGGCCAGUCGACUCUCCCGAUCGUACUCUUACCAGAUAGAGAACACGGGACCGCGAUCGAAGGAGUGCAAAUCGUGUCUAACAUAGAGGAAAUGAUGGCGCAGGAGCCGAGUCGAGACCGAGUCAGGGAGCGAGUCAGACCAGACGACCCGGCCACCAUGCUUUACUCGUCAGGCACGACCGGCACCAGCAAAGGAGUAGUGUCAACGCAUCGGAAUCUGAUGGGAAUGGUGGAGACUUGUAUUGGAAGGUUUCGGUUAGAAGAUGGGGCGCAGACGUUCAUCUCCACCAUCCCAAUGUUCCACGUUUACGGUCUAACCAUAUUCGCUGUGGCCGUGCCAGCCUCGGGAUCGACGACGGUGGUGAUCCCAAGAUUCGAGAUGGAUGCUAUGCUUUCAGCGAUCGAGAAGUAUCACGUGACGUAUCUACCGCUCGUGCCGCCGAUACUCAUGGCGUUGGCGAGACAGGCCGACACGAUACGGGCCAGGUACGAAUUAGGGUCAUUGAAAACGGUUUUGACGGGUGGGGCUCCUUUGAGUAAGGAAGUGAUGGAGGGGUUUUGGGCAAAGUAUCCGACAGUUGCGAUUCUCCAAGGGUACGCAAUGACCGAGACGACGGGUGUCGGAACGUCCACGGAUUCGGUGGAGGAAAGUGGACGGUACGGAUCGGCCGGCCUCCUGGCCUCUGGCAUGGAGGCAAGGGUCGUGGAUCCCGAUGGUGGACAGGCGUUGGGAGUGAAUCGGACGGGUGAGCUUUGGCUACGUGGACCCUGCGUGAUGAAAGGUUAUUUCAAUAAUCCAGAAGCAACUGGAUCGACGCUGGAUUCUAAUGGAUGGCUGAGAACAGGUGACGUUUGCUACAUGGAUGAAGAUGGAUACAUGUUCGUGGUGGAUAGGCUGAAGGAGCUCAUCAAGUAUAAGGGUUACCAGGUUGCACCCGCAGAACUCGAGGCAUUGUUGGUUUCACAUAACGAGAUCACUGAUGCAGCUGUCAUACCGUUUCCAGACAAGGAGGUCGGGCAAAUCCCUAUGGCCUACGUGGUUAGGAAACAAGGCAGCAAUCUAUCAGAAAGUAUGGUCAUGUCAUAUAUUGCAAAACAGGUGGCCCCAUACAAGAGAAUACGUCAGGUUGUAUUUGUGGAUGACAUCCCGAAGAAUCCAUCUGGAAAAAUACUAAGGAAGGAUCUCGUUAAGCUAGCAACAUCUAAGCUUUGAAGUACAGUUACAACUAAUUUUCUAUAUAAUUUGUUUGAUGGAUUGUAUGUGGUAAAGUUUAUCUUCUAGUGUUAGUUUCCUUAAUCUUUAGUUUGAAUGAUGGGGUUAUGAUUUAAUUUUAUGUAUUUGGGACUUUUUGGUCUUUUUGUACUAUUCGUUACUUGAUUCCCUUAAUAAACUUCUAUGAGAUUGUUGUCGUU